AUGGCUGAAAACAAACGACUUUUACAUGAAAUCAAGUGUUUAUUUGAAUUGAAAACACAUUUAAUUAUAAUUCACUCAAAAUAUGAAACACUUAUCGAUUGUGAAGACAAACAAGACUUCAGACUAUUGUCGCUACGAUUGGAUCAAUUGAGUGACAAACAAACGGAUCAAACAAUUGGAUCACAAAAAUGUGGACAAAAAAGAGGGCGAAAGAGGAUAAAGACGUCACAAAAAGUGAUAAAACGAGAAAACAAUGAUUUGACGGAUAAAGUGGUCAUCAAUGAAGACUCGGAUGAGAGGAAACCAAUCAUAGACUCAGAUAUGGUGUCAACGAAAGCCAAGACAUCGGGCGCUAAACGAUUAAAAUCAAAAUUGAGGCCAAAGUUUGGUUAUAAGCCGAAGACAUCGAAGACAUAUCGUCGCUGCGAUUACGAGGGCUGCGACUAUCGGUGCUUAUCUGAACAGCAAUUGUCUUACCAUAAGAUAACACACGACACGAGCGGACAGUCAGAGCCGGCGGUCAGAUAUGUGGAGCGUCGCAAAGACCUGUACCGGCGGUGCUAUGACUUGACCACCGAUUGCUUUGUAUGCGAUAUAUGCGACCCAAUGCCCGACCAGAAGUCCUACAAGACUUUCCACUCGUUAAGAGUGCACAUGAAUUACGUGCACACGAGUCGUAACGUUGUCUGCGAUUAUGCCGAUUGCGGGAAACUCUUCAAAUCGUUGGGCACAAUGAGAUCGCACUACAGGUGUGUCCACAGCGACGACAAGCCGUUUAAGUGUCCGCACAAUGACUGUCGACAACAAUAUAUAAGUCAGAGCCAACUGGACAUACAUUUGUCGGUUCACACGACGGAACGGCAGUUCCCGUGCGGUGUCGGCGACUGUCCGAAGGCCUACAAGACGUUGGGCGCGCUUCAGAACCACCAACGCGUCCAUAACAGGGAGCCCACAAUCAAGUGCACUGUCGAGGGCUGUCCGCAACGGUUCCAUAAAUAUGGACGACUGAAUAAACACCGGGAGACAGAGCACGGGUGGCCUCGACGGGUGCGACUGCCGCUACCGCUGAUCAACUGUCAGUGGCCGGGAUGUGACUUCACCACCAAACGUAACACAUGUCUUAAACUGCAUCAAAACACACACACCGGUGAGCGGCCGUAUGUCUGCGAUUGGCCCGAAUGUGGCAAAGGGUUCGCCCGACCCGACGGCCUGAAGGACCACAAGAAUAUCCACAACAAUGUCAAGCCUUACGGCUGUCAUUGGCCCGGAUGUCAGUACCGCAGCGGCAAUACUGGCAAUGCGUAUAAACACUAUAAACAAGUGCAUCUAAAGUUACCAUGA